AUGUCACACCUUCAGUAUGCCGCUGUGGGCCUCGCCGUCCUCAAGCGGAGCAUGGGCAACAACCCUGAUGAGCCCGACCAAAACACGCCGGAAGCUCCCAACUACAAACUGCCGCCGCUGACUUGGGGCCUCGUUUUCCUCAUCACGCUCCUAUUUGUGCCAGCCUUUCUUUUUACGUCCUAUUCGCUCAAGUCCGUCUACACGACGCUGGCCAUCGUGGAGAACCCGACGCCGGCGGCCAUCCGCCGCACGUACAAGCUGCUCCGUGCUGCCAACGGCUGGCGUGGCAACUACCGCGGCUUCUGGCUGGCGGUCCUUAUCUUCAUCCUCGCCGCCGUGGGCACGUUCGCUGUCGCGGCCAUUCCCUUCGUGCCGAGCUUCGUUGCCGCUCUGAUUGUGGCCCUCGGCCUUGUCCAGCUGCAGACUGCUUGGGUGCACACCGUCAUUCGCGCCACGCCGUCCUCCACCCCCGUGUGGCGCAACCUGCCGCCUUUCCGCCGCACCUUUGAGGCCACCUCCAUCCCCACGUUCCUCCAGUGGGCCGCCGGCGUCGUUACCACCCUCGUCAGCGUGCUGCUGACCAAGGCCCUGGACCUCCCUCAGCACCACUCCGGCCCGUCGUACGAGGUGCCGGCCUACUCGCACGACUUGAUCUGGAAGGCGAUUGUUCUCUUCGUGGUGGCCCUUGUGCUCGUCUUUGCCCUCUCCAUUCCCGCCAACGUCAUCCUCGUCCGCGUCCAGGCCAGCCUUCUGCCCCCUGACGAGGAAACCGUCGUGCCGUUUGACCGCUCCUUCAACGGCACGGUCGAGCCCGCCGUCGUCGGCGGCCGCUCGUACGUCACGAUCCGCGACGCCUUCCGCACGUUCUCGCGCGCCUCGUGGAAGCGCGUGUACUUGCUGUACAUCAAGUUGCAGGUGCUCUCGAUUAUCGUCAACGUCGUGUACCUGGCGAUUGUUGUUCCUCUUGUUGUCCUCACCAGCAGCAAGGUCGAGGGCCCUAACUAA